AUGGAGCCCCCACAGACACCGAGGGGCUCCCAACAAAACCAACCUCAGGGUCCCAUGGACUCCUUUCUACAGCCGACUCCUGGUUCCGGAGGGGAGCUGGUAGGCCCGAGGUCGGCGCCACCAUCCCCUGCCUCGUCAACGGGCAGGGAACACUCCACCCUGGACCGGAUAAGUGAAGAACUCCGCUCUAUUGCAGCCUCUAUGGCCACUAAAACUGACCUGCUCACCCUCACCACCACGAUACAGGACGCCCUACGGGCGGAGAUGGCAGGCAUCAGAACGGAAGUUACCGCUCAAGGAAGCCGCAUAGAGGUCCUGGAACACUCCGUGGAGGCCCAAUCCAAUAGGAUCUCGGCAACUGACAUGGCGGUCUCGCGGCAAGGAGACAUGCUCCUCGACGUGAGAAGACAUCUGGAGGACCUCGACAAUAGAGGCCGCAGGUGCAACAUCCGGGUCCGCGGGGUUCCGGAGACAGGAGGGGAGGAAAACGGAGGAGGUUUUGGCAGGAAGAGGCGCCCCGACAUUUUGAAUUCGAACGGGCACACAGAGCUGCUCACCCGUGCUCACCUGAAGACGGACCGAGGGACCUCAUCUGCUGCCUCCACUCCUUCCCCGUUAAAGACUCUAUCAUAA